GCUACGACGACACCAAUGCUUAUUCUGAGUGAAGGACGUACCUGCGGCCUAGGUGGUGGCUACGGCGACACCAAUGCUUAUUCUGGUGAAGGACGUCCCGGCGGCUAUAGUGGCUAUAACGAGACCACUACUUACUCUGAGGAAAGAGUUGAAAAACCCGAAGGUGGCCGGUACAGUGAAACCACGGCGGCAUAUGGCAGCACCACCACUCAUGAAUCUGAACUUGAUUACAAGAAGGAGGAGGAGCACCACAAGCAUCUCAAGCACCUCGACAAAGUCGGUGUGGCUGCUGCCGGCGCUUUUACCUUGCAUGAGAAGCACAAUGAAAAGAAAGACCCAGAGCAUGCCCACAGGCACAAGAUAGAAGAUGAGAUUGUUGCAGCAGCUGCAGUUGGUUCGGGUGGAUUUGCUUUCCAUGAGCAUCAUGAGAAGAAAGAGACAAAGGAAGAAGAGGAAGAGGCUCAUGGAAAGAAGAAGCAUCACCACUUCUAGAUCUAUGUGGAUUGUGGAACA